AUGACAGAGCCACGACUCCUGCCCAUCGCUCCAUGGCUCCCGGAGAGGUCACGUCCGGGGCGAUGCACCCUGGGCCUGCGCCAUGCAGCUGGAGUUCUCGUGGCUGUCCUUCUGUUGAUUUACAUGCUGGUCCUGGGCUUGAUGCUCUUGCUGCUGUACAUCCCCAGGCUCAUCCUGCGCCUCUUGCUGCAACCAGCUGCCAGCUACUUCGGCUACAUUGUCGAGCAUGCCUACACACUCAGGAUCUGCAAGUUGCACGUGAAGCUCUCCCGUGCGAUUCAGAAGAAAUGGAUGAGGCGGCCUUACCACAGCCGCUUCAGCGACAUCCGCACUCGGCUGUUUCCAUCAGACGGCGGAGUAUGCUACGUGCACGCAGUUCCUUGCCUCACCGACAACUUUUGCUACGUUCUGGUGUAUGAGGGCAUGGGUGAAGAUAGCGCUUACAAUGCCAACAGGCAAGGUUUGCCUACAACAGUGGUCGAUCCUUGCGAUGCAGCUGCUGUGGAGGAGGCCCUCGAGCACAUAGCAGAGCGAUUUUAUGCGACGUACGGUGGCCUUCGGUUGGAAGCAGUCUUGUGCACCCACAAGCAUUGGGAUCAUGCCGGUGGCAACGAGGAGCUUGCAGCCCGGGCUUCAAAGGCAAAUCACUCCGCUCCAGAUUCUGCCACGGAGUCGGAGUCGCAAGAUGUGACAGCUGUGCAGCUGUUGCACUUCGCCGAGCGGCUCAAAGUGUUUGGAGGACUGGAGGACGAUGUUCCUGGCUGUACGCAUCCUGUGCAGCAUUUGGACCAGAUCGAGGUUGGUAACCUCAGCUUCCAGGCCCUCGGGGCUCCUGGCCACACGCAGGGGAGCGUCAUGUUUCGGCUGCCCUGCAAGGCCGAAUCCUCGGCCGUGGACAGCGACCGCCUGGACGCACUUUUCACUGGGGACACGCUCUUCUCCGGUGGUUGUGGCGCCAACUUCGAGGGCAGCGACCUAGACAUGGAGCACUGCUUCGGCACGAUACUGGAGACUUGUGACCCGAGCUACGCAACAUGGCUCUUCCCCGGUCACGAAUACACCUGCAUGCUGAUGGAAAACGUUCUGUUGGAGGCGUGCGCCAAAGCGGCUUGGCAUCCACCGGGGCAUUUCCUCGCGGUCUGCAGCGCCUUUUACACUGCAGCACACCGCCGCGCGCUGCGGGAUCGCCUCCCCACGGUUCCGGUUCUCUUGGACGGAGAGCGGAUGAUCAAUCCGCGCUUCAACACGUUGCGGGAGCAUGCCCGCGUGCUCUUGACAGCCACGCAGCGAGUAGGGUUGCAGGGAGCAGGAGCAGAUGAUCCUCCGCUGAGGGUGGGCAGCAAGGUGCCAACGAUUCACGAGAGCCAGGGUCCAGCAUCUGGCAACGAGGUCGCAGCCGGGCAGAAUAAGCCAGGCCGUGGCCUCCUGGUGAAUGCUGGGGCCCCGCCGUCGCAGCAGCUGGCCGUGCUGUAUCGGGCCGACCUGGAUGCCCUGAGGCAGGAGCUUCUCGGCGGGCUUGCAGGUGCGGAGGCCGCCGAGCGGCUAAGGCAGCUCGAAAGGCGGCCCUUCGAAGCGGCGCUCGUCAGUGGCGAGGGCGACUGCUUUAGUGACUCGGGCCUGAGACCGGCCGAGGAGGAGGCCAUCAAGCAGGAAGCCGCGCAUGGGCAGCUGCGGGAGCCAGAGAUGGGUGAGGACUACGGCGAGGCCCAGUGGAACGAGACGUCCGUCAAGGAAGCGCUGAAAGUCUUGGCAGUGCCAGCACAUCUUGCCGUGGGGCCAAAGGUGCCCUGCAAAGAAGAGGACCUGCCAAUCAGCUUCCGCCGAUUGAAGGCCAUUUGUGAUCACAUGAGGAUCCCGUCCAGGAGUUCGGAGGCGUUGCUUGCGGUGCUCCAGCAGCCUGGAGAGAACCCGAGCAGUGAGGAGGAGGAGCCUGCACAUUGCUGCGUGGCAGUGUUUUGCUGCUGCCAGUCGGCACGGAGCAUCGUUGCCCGAAAUGUGGGUGAUGAAAGCCCUGGUGCUGACAGGCUCAUCCCACUUCGUGUGGCAAUAAGUAGAUUAACUCCCCCCGACGUGAAGCACACGGAGGAGGAGAGUUUCUUCCGGCGCCUCUGCCGGUGUCUUCCUUGUUCCGGGUCUGGCAGCGGCGGACAUGACUCUGCGGACUCCGCGCAGGAGUCUGGUGGUGAGGGGUCGGAGCCGACCACCGAGCCUGAGCCACCUGACCCUCCCAUCCCUCAAGCGGUGAUCCGACGGCGCCGCUUCCGCGCCGUCGAGCGCUGCUUCAACAAACACCAGCCCGAAGGCUGCCCGCUUUGCACAUCGUCUUUCCGUGCCAGCGAAAUCUGA